UUUCAAAUUUGGUUAGCUUGAAAAAAGAAUUAAUAAAAAUUAACGCUAAGAGCCAAGUUUACAAUCAAAAGCAUUGUAAGAAGUGAAUAUAAUUAUAAACACAAUCUGUCAAAUAUUAAAUUAUGUCGACAAAACAUAAUUUGAUACAAGAAAGACUCAAUUUGAAAAGAGCCCCUUUGGAUGAAUGGAAUACACACGAACAAUUAUGUCUCGCAUCAGCUGUCGCUUGUUCCGGUGAUCAGAACUGGAUGAGCGUCUCAAGGGCAUUAAAACAGAUUGUCAACGAUUACUCUUCACGUCCACCUGAUUGGUUUAUCUCGAAAUCGUGUGCAACCCAAUAUGGGAAAUUACUUGAAUCAGUUGAAACACCAAAACGCAAAAAGCGAACCGCUUCAGAACGAGAUCAACCAAUUGAAACACCUUCAACUCCAGUUGAAUCUCUUGUUAAAAAGUUAACCAACGAACGUAUUCUUGAACUGAAAAAGGCAAUUGCGGAGGACCAGAGAGAUUUCGCUAAGUUAAAGGAAGAAAUUUUGUUUCUUCAAAGUGACACGAUGGAUGAAGCCAGAAUCUAUGAGAUGUGGAACGAAAUCGAGCAAGAAGAAGUUAAGAAGGAACAAGAGCAAGUUCGUUAUAAUCAAUGGUUGGAAGAACGUGAAAGAAAGAAGCUGGAAAUUGAACGUCAAUGGCGUCCAAAUUAUGGAUUGAAAGCUCAAAACAUUAAAGUUCAAAAGCCCACCACAGAAGAGGAAUCAUCAUCGCCACAACAACAGCAACAACAAGCAGGUACUUCAUCAUCUCCAUCACCAUUGCUUACAUCGCUUUUAAAAUCAUCACAAGCUAACCAAAUGCCGAUACAACCUUCAAACACAUCACGCUCGGCGCCCACAAUUACCAAUCUUCUAACCGGCACAUCAUCAUCGACAUCAUCAUCCAAUAGUAGUCCCUCUUCUUUCAUUACACAAUCAUCAUCCACAAAUGCACAAAACAAUCUCAUUAAUGCUUCCGUCAGUGUUGCACUGGUGCCAAAUGCCAUCAUUAAUCAUUCUGCUUCUGUUCAAAUUCCAGUUUCUCAAACAGCGCCAACACUCAUAACAUUGCUUGAUAAAAAAUUAUCAACAGUUUCUGCAACAUCCCAGUCCUCAUUAUGCUCAUCAUCAGAUCCUUCAACAAACGAGAAACAACAAUUGAUGUUAUCAAUUUCAGUUCCUGAAGGAAGUGGAAAAGAUGGAAGCGAUGUGAAGGAUGAAGACGAAGACAUUCUCGUUGACUUCAAUCUAAUCACCCAGAAUUUGGACGAUGACGAUUUGGAAGACAUCAACGCGAUUAUUAUGAAUCCAGAGAUUCUUGAAGAUAAAAUCACCGAUCAUGAGCCUUCGAUUAAAGACGUCGAUGACUCGUCACAAGCAACAUCGACAGAUGACUACGACAAAUUGAAGAUUAAGCAACUUGUUGAAAAUUUCGCUGGUAGUUCUGAAGUUGAACAAUCUUCAAUUAGAGGUGAGAAUAUACAAGAACAUGUCAUGAUAACGCCAGUAAAUAAUGAAGGAAGUGAAGUUAUGCAAAUUCAAUCAGAAGCUGAAACUUCGAAUCCAACAUCAGUGGAAUUGAUUGAACCAACAGAAUCAAAUGAUUCCAAACAAUCUCCAAUUCAUGAUGAGAAAGUUAUGAUAAUUUCUGAUGAAAGUUCCAACACUAACGAUACGAAGAAAGAAGAAUUGAGUGAGAAAAUGGAAACUGGUGAAGCUGAAGAAUCACAAAGUGUGAAGUCGUCGAUUGCUGAUGAUGUGAAAGAUGGAAGUGGUGAAGAUUCCACCAUUAAAGAUUUGCGUGUGUUUGAAGGACUGCAAGAGAGCGACGAGAAUUCUGCUUUGAGUGAGAAACAUCCAAAAGCACAAACGACAACUGUCUAUCAACUUGAUGAUUCUGAUGAAGAUUUACUUUUUGAGGAUGCGAAAGAAAAUCAAGAAGCUUCUUUAAUUAAACCUCCAAUUAAAGAUCAACAGAAAUUUGAAAUUAAAGAACCUGAAAAAGUUGUCGAAAUUCAAGAUCCGAAACCGAAAACUGUCGAAGUUGAAGAAAUCACACGCUCAGGAUGUUCUGCUGACAGUGAUGAUGAAAUAUUAGAAGUGAAAGUGUCACGUAGCAUUGGACGAAAGAAAGCAGCCGACACUUUGAAAGCUGACACGCCACGAAAUUCAACUCGCUCAAGAGAUCAGUCGGAAAAUGAUGACAAAGAUUCAACUCCAAUUCGCACUCGAAGUCGUCACUCGUCAUCUACUGGAAGAGCUUCUGACCAACCUAAGCCAUUGUAUAACUUCUCGAAAGAACAAGACCACUCAAUGUGGAAGGAACGAUGGGAUGAUUGUCUCAAAACUCUCCAGAAACACAAGGAUUAUUCAACUGUCGUUGAUAACAAAGUGAUUCCUGAUGAUACAUGCAAAAGUAUUAUUCUCACUCCUAUGAACAUCAAAACCGUUCAGAAGAAUAUUGAAAAUCAUUUCUCGACGUUGCCAGGCGACAUUAAAAAAGAUUUUGCUUUGAUGUGCACCAACAUCAUCAUGCUAAACAAAAAAGGGUCGAAGUUCAAUGAUUUGGUGCAUCAGUUUAUGAAAGAUGCCAUGGAAAUCAUUGAUUCGAACUUGGAAGUUGAAGAAGCUUACAAGAGUUAUCGUAAGCAAAUCAAGAAGAAACACUGAAACAUGCAUCGGUCGCUGUGGCUGAGUUGAAAGUGGGAGUUGAGAAGUUUUUGUAAGAAUUGAAAAUAAUAAAAAUUUGUCUCUCAUAACUUGUAUAAAUAUCACAAA